CCGCUCUCCUUUCGGUUACAACAAAUUUUCCUGUUUCUAGUUUCUGGUUUUCUCAAGAGCUGUAUUUAUUUUGGGGUAGAUUUAUGUUCCUCUCUCAUUUUCCCUUCGAAACUCCAUUCUUUCUCCUCUUUUCCUUUUUCUUGAUGGAAACUUUUUGAAUGUAAUUGUCUCUUUCAGGCUGAGAAUCAUUUUCUAAUAUCUUGGAAAAACAAUCAGGAGAAAAAAUGUAGUGAGGCUGCAUGCCAUCAAUAACCCAAGAUUUUCUGCACGAAAAUGCUUCUUUUCUUUGUAUAAAUGCAUUGCGGCUAUGAAGAUGAGAUUUUUCGAAUUUUCUUCUUGAUGGACUGCUCGUUCAACAACAGCGACAAAAAGACAUUAAAGAGGUGGUUUUUCAUUGAUAAAAGGGUUGGGUAGAACGUCGUUCAGUACUUAGUGUCAGGUCUUUUCUGUAGUAAUCCAUGUCAUCGAGUUAUUUUUAGUCAUGACUCCAAUGGACGUGAAAUCGACAAAAACUUCUCCGGUUCUUGCUGAUUCUGCACCUAUAAAUAAGUCCCGACUUGGGAUACAUUCUAGUCGCUUGCCGUAUUCACAAGCCGGUCCCACAUCUUCAAAUAACAUUCUGACAAUUUUGAGGAAGAAACGUGGAAAUUUUGAUGAUGUUUGGACCAAUGGUUGGCUUGACGCGAUGAGAUCAUCAUCACCUCCUAGAAAAAAUAUUCUUCAGAAUUUCACCAGUGGGGAGGUUGCUUCUGAUGAUGGAGAUAUUGCUCAUCGUGCUUGGAUGACUAAGUAUCCAUCAGCCCUUAGUUCCUUCAGACAAAUCAUGGACUGUGCAAAGAAUAGGAAGUUAGUGGUGUUUUUAGAUUAUGAUGGAACUCUUUCUCCAAUCGUAGAUAAUCCUGAUCGUGCUUUUAUGUCUGCUGAGAUGCGUUGUGCUGUUAAGAGUGUGGCAAAAUAUUUCCCAACAGCCAUUAUCAGUGGAAGAAGCCGAGAUAAGGUUUAUGGAUUGGUAAGACUAAAAGAACUCUACUAUGCUGGUAGUCAUGGUAUGGACAUCAUGUUCCCGGCUGAAGAGAUUCCAUCCGGAGACCGUUCAAUUUCUACAAAAUCUACUGACCAACAGGGCAAGGAAGUGAAUCUGUUCCAGCCUGCUAGCGAGUUUUUACCAAUGAUCAACGAGGUUUUUAAAACCCUUGUUGAGAUUACUAAUGUAAAGGGUGCCAAAGUAGAGAAUCACAAAUUCUGCGUCUCUGUACAUUAUCGUAACGUAGAUGAAAAUAGUUGGCCUAUAGUUGCACAGUUUGUUUAUGAUGUCUUGAAAGAGUACCCUCGACUCCGAAUAACUCACGGACGAAAGGUUUUAGAGGUUCGUCCCGUGAUCGACUGGGAUAAAGGAAAAGCAGUUGAAUUUCUGCUUGAAUCCCUAGGAUUUACUACUAAUCAAGAUGUUCUCCCAAUCUACAUUGGAGAUGACAGAACUGAUGAAGAUGCAUUUAAGGUGUUGCGGUCAGGAAAUCGAGGUUAUGGAAUUCUUGUAUCUGCUGUACCGAAAGAAACCAAUGCUUUCUUUUCUCUGAGGGAUCCUUCAGAGGUCAAGAAAUUCCUCGAGUCUCUGGUGAGAAUGAAGCAAUAGCUGCAGAUUUAGGGAAUGAUCUUAGAACGGCUGAGUAACGUGUUCACAGUAAUUACUAAUUACUGUCUCUGUAGCAUUUCUCGUACAUAUGAAAAAUGAUAAACAGCCAACUCAAAAUCAGGGAAUAAAAAUAGGCUGAUGUGGCAACAAGUUGGAUUUUUUUUUUUAUUUUUUUUUUAAGCUCUCCAAUCAGGCAUUGACGUGUGUGUAGCCUGUUUUUAACCCAGUUUUUCAGCUUUUUUGGAAGCAUUUCUCAGUACAUAUUUAAAGGUUGAACUCUAGCCUUGAAAGCCUCCACCGCCCCAACUUUAAAGUCUAGUGAGAGAGAUAAAUCACGGGAUGUGCCCUAACAAGUCAAAAAACAAGAGUUGCAUGUACACUGCGCCUACUAGGAGUUCAAUUCCAUAUCUCAGAAAUCGAACCCCCAUGCUGCAAUUGCCAGCAAGGCGUGAGAUAAUCUUACUCCUAUCCUUUGCACCAUUGAAUUAUGUCCCGGGGGGCAUUUCUCGGUACAUAUUUUAUCUUGGACUAUAUGUCACGUGAAUAAGCUUCUGAAUUUAUUAGUUCUUUUAUUUUUAUUAGUGAAAGAAUUUUCUUUUGCAUUUUAUGGAGCUUUAGUUCUGCUGUUCUUUCC